AUGAUUUCAGUGUGGAAGGCGGGAUUACUUUAUGAACUAAAAGGUAGUAAAAAGUUAUUAGUUGUACCUAGGGCCAUGUGUCGGGAGAUUAUUCAAGAUAUCCAUAAAAUAGGACACUUAGGUGUUAAAAGGACUGAAGAGCUGCUUAGUCAGGAAUAUUCCAUAGCUGAUGUCUCUAACAAGAUUAAAGAAGUUAUAAGAAAUUGUGUACCAUGUAUACUGAUGAAUCGGAAACAGGGAAAGCAGGAGGGACUCCUAAACUGUAUUGAUAAAGGGGAAUCGCCGUUGUCGACUUGGCAUCUGGACUUCAUGGGACCAUUGACUAGGACCGCCAAGGGUUAUAAUCAUAUUCUUGCCGUUGUGGACGCUUUUACUAAGUUUUGCUGGCUCUUUUCAACUAAAAGCACCACCGCAUAUGAAGUUAUAACAAAAUUGACUACAUUGGAAACCACAUUUGGUAACCCAGAACGAAUAGUGACGGAUCGAGGUGCAGCUUUCACUUCAUUGAGCUUUGAGAGUUAUUGUGAAGACCGAGGAAUCCGUCAUGUACUCAUAACGGCAGGUAUGCCACGUGGAAAUGGGCAAGUUGAGCGUUUGAAUGCUACUAUUGCUAACAUCUUAGCGAAAUUGAGCAUUGAUAAUCCUGAUAGAUGGUGGCAGUAUCUACAUCGGGUCCAAAUGGCGUUGAACAGUUCAUUCCAGAGAAGUAUUGGGAUGACACCUUUUCAGCUAACAUUUGGAGUUGAGAUGAAGCAUCCAGAGAAUGUACAAUUUAGGAAAAUAGUGGAGCAAGAAUAUGUGCAAUGCCAUGUAGAACAACAUCAAGAAGUGAUACGGGAGGCCAAGAGCAAUAUAUUAAAGGCACAAUUAGAACAGCAAAAGACAUACAACAAAAAAAGAAAAGAAGCGACACAGUAUGGGCCAGGUGAUUUGGUAGCUAUUAAACGAACCCAAUUCCUGCCUACUUCAAAGUUAUGUCCUAAAUAUCUGGGUCCAUACUGCGUAACCAGGCGCGCCGGACCCAACAGAUAUGAUGUAAGGAAAAUAGGCACUGGGGAAGGCCCAGUGAAGACUUCAACGGGCUCAGAUUAUAUGAAGAAGUGGAAGGAGAAUCCCAAAGAAGAUGAGUUGUCAUCCGAGAUAGAUGUCAUUCAAGAAGAUGAGUUGUCAUCCGAGAUGGAUGUCAUUCAAGAAGAUGAGUUGUUAUCCGAGGCGGAUGUCAUUAAAGAAGGGGAGAAUGUGGGAUUUCAGCACUAG